CAGGCGUUCGGUAUUGACACUGGUCUGUGGAUUCAUACGUUUAUUGUACAGAUAAAUACUGUGGCGGUAAACCACUAGGGUAUGUUUGUGUCUUUCCGCACCACCUCGACGGCCUCACUCAGGAAUAAUUCCAUGCAUCCAGUGAACGGUCAUGCAAGGCUUCCGUUGUUCCUCUAGCUUUGCUGAUGUGUCGACGAAUGCACACUCGGAGAACAAAGCAUGAUCUCGCACAUUCGCCGCCGUACCUUCACCCACAGAGAGAUCCCAAUCGUCGGUUGUGUAUCUUUCUGCGUGUAUGGCUGGCCUACCAUCUUUGCUGGUCCUUUUGAUAUAGUCGAGCUUUGUCUUGUCAGUGAGACAUUGUCGUGUCAUUGCGCGGAGCACACUUCUUGCUGUCUCGCUAUUUGGGGCGUCCCAGAGAAGUUUCUUGCUGUAGUAGUCCAUCAUUCGCAGCUUUUCUGUUACGGCUCGGUGGUCCUUGUAGAGCUCAUCCAAGAUCGGCUUCAGCGCUGCGCGAGGGUUCUGCUCAAAGACAGAGCCCUCGAUCGAAUAGGUCAGGUUCCUGCUCACAACACAAAGGGGAGCCAAGUAUUGGAAGCAUCAAGUGCAAAUCUGCCUUUUUUUCAAUACUUCCAUGGGAUCUCGCAUUGGAGCGGGAUGGCGUAUUUAUACAUAUCGUUUAGGUCGCUGAUUAAAACAUCAAUCGUGCGAGUUGCAAAGCCGUCAACGACCCUCGAGCUCGUCACAUCUCUUCCCCGAAAGCAUAGAUUCAACUUGGAGCUGGCCAGGCGGUGAAUGAAAACCGACGUCUCAGACAGCCUUUCUUGACGACCCUUUGUUACAGCCUCGCAUCGCUCAAACUUGCCUAUCCGCAUUCCGACAUACUUAGCUCUCCGGGGGCAAAAAGGAAACUUCGUUUGUGAGACGUCGCCGGUUGCAACAAAUACGUUGGUCCCUGGUGCACAAUCUGGGCAGGAUUUUAAUUUAUAGUGCCAACCCGCCAAGCUUUCGAAGGCCAGCUUUCGAUACGGACGGUCGUGAUAUACCUUUCCUACAACACUCAACCACAGCAGAUGGCCGAGUUGAGCGUUGCCCGUGUCUGACCUUGAAAGAACAUUGUGUAGUCGCGUUCGAACCAGUCGUGUCUCGAUGGAGGGUUGAAAGCCAUGGCAAGUCGGUCAUCCUCAAAGACGUCGGUAGGUUUGAUAAGCCCACGCCUCAGCAGGCUUUCCUUCUCAAAAGGCUGGUAGGCCUGAUGGAGUGGCGUCAGCGAAGACCUGAAUGCAGGCAUACACAACCAGUCAUCGAUGCAUUGAGUUGCGUAGGAUUUUCAUACGUGUGGGGUAUCGUGACAGCACAUCCGAAGAGGCCUCUGUCUGUUGGCCGAGAUGUAGAUCACAGCUAGCUGGCUUUUCUCCUUCACUUCCUUACGGUUGUCCACAAGGUGCCGCCCCUGCGUGAUGUUCUUCGCAAAUGUCGCGAAUGACUCCCCCAAUACUCUCGUCAUAUCGAAGGGAUAAUUAAAGCGCCAGUCGCUCGCCUGCAUGGUCAAUCAAUACACUAUUCGAACAUUGCUUGUCAUGAGCGGGGGCCAACGAUCACUCACCACCAGGAUGUGGUCGAGUCCGCCGUUCCUCUUCCAUUGUGGCGUCUCCAUCACCUGGACAUCUGACUGGUGCCCAUAUUUCCACUUAUACUUUCUCACCUCCUUGACAGCCGUUGCUGCUAAGUCGUGGGCUUUCGUUCUGUUUCUGUCGUUGCAUGAGUUGUGAAGAAGCAACACUGCAGGCAAAUGAAUGAAUGAAUUAAUCCUGUACGUGUCUCCCUCAUUAUGUGUAGACAGACCCGGAUAGAUUGGGAGGACAUAGACGAGCGCUUUGUCAGGGUCAGACGUCCUCCAAGAAUCGUUCCACAACUGGUCCAGCCAGUAUAUCUCGUCAACGUUCUUCCUGUCCCCCAGCGGGAGUAGUGCAGGCCAGCGCCCCUCAAGGAUAUUCCGUGCGCUCUCUUGACACAUCCGAUACAGCGCUUUCAUUGCCGGCGUUCGAUAUAUGUAGAAUGGCACCUCCAUGUGGCGUUCCAAGGCCUCCAAGUCAGCAGAAUUGCUGUUGGUUUCUUGGAUAUCAUUGUGUUUGUGUCUUCUGUGGUUCAAGACGACACCGCGGGAGGACGGGCGGCCGCGGCGCAGCCUGGGAGGAGGAUAACUAUUGCAGCUGACACACAGACACAGACAGACACAUUGCAACAGGAACAGGUCCACAAAGGUAGGAAAUGUCUUCAUCGAUGAUUCAGAUGUAAACCAGGAUCAUUCGAAAAUGAUCUAUUAUUUAGAACCUUCCCAAAGGGGCGAGUCCUGACUGGAUUGACCACUGCGCGACGCUACUGGUCGGGCAUCUGCGUCUGGAACGCGUCCCGCCUGUCUGAGCGUUUCUGCGCGAGUCGACAUGCCAACUUGAAGCCGGCGCACGAAUGUGUAAGACAGCUUUUUUUCGUCUGAAGUCCGAAUGAAUGAUUCACCAGUGGGACAGAAACUCACC